AGCAACUGAAGAACCUAAAAGGAACGAGUAUGGUGAAUGUUUCUGGACAGAGUCUGGACAGUUUGAUACACCAACAGGAUUUAAUGGUGGAGAAGGACUGGGUGUUUGUGCUAAAGGUGUCAUUUGCAUUGGCAACCCCCAUUUUCUUCACCUAUGUGAACUGCAUCAUGUUAUUUACCCUGUACAGCAAAGCCAGCUUCCGAGAGACCUCCCGCUACAUCCUCUUUGCCCACAUGCUGUUCAACGAUUCCAUUCUGCUGAUGACCAGCGUGCUUCUCUAUAUCCUUGCUUUAGCAAAUCAGCACAUAAUGAGGGGAUUGUGUGUUUUACUUGUUUUAAUAUCAGGCACCACCUUCAUAAACUCACCCUUGAAUCUUGCAGUGAUGGCACUUGAGCGCUAUAUAGCCAUUUGCCUCCCUUUGAGACACUGUGAAAUAUCCACUCCUAAAAGAACUGGAGUGGUCAUCGGAGUCAUCUGGGUUUUGUCUUCCCUAGAAUAUGUAAGUGACCUCUUGGCUGUAUUAGCCACACAACCCUCCAGUUUUUUUUUGUUGCCUGUGUAUUGCACACGUGAGAUGCUGUUCGGCAUGAAAUGGCAGCCAGUUAUGAGACAAGUGUUUGAUUGUUUAUUUUUUCUGUUAGUGUCUUGCAUUAUAAUAUACACAUACGUUGCAAUAAUGCUGCAAGCCAGAUGUGUCAGCUCAGAUAAAGCAUCAGUGUCGAAGGCGCGCAACACGGUGCUGCUGCACGGCGUUCAGCUGCUGCUGUGUCUCAGCUCCUUUCUGUAUGGUGUUAUCGAAGUCAUGCUGGCGCGCCUGGAAGGGUCUUCCUUCAUUCACAUGCGAUACGUUAGCUUUAUGGUGCUGAUCAUUCUUCCCAGGUGUCUGAGUCCUCUGAUAUACAGUCUAAGAGAUGAGAACUUCAGGAAGCUUUUUAAAUAUUAUUUUACUUUUGCCUCAAGCAAAAUAAAGCCCCUUGCAGGCAACACUUAAUGAAUGACAGCUUUAGAGGCAAAAAGUGAGUCCCAUUGUUAAGGAAAACUGGUCCAUGAUUUCAAAAACACCUUAUAACGUAAAAAUGAUCAGAAAGUCAAGUAGACAAAAACUUUAGAUAGUACUUUAUCAGCGUGAAGCCAAAAUGUCUUUCCUUAAAAUUGAAAUUUGGCCCAACAAUCUGUUGUAUAUGCUUAAUAUUGCAGCAGUGUGGGCAGCAGUGUGGAGUAGUGGUUAGGGCUCUGGACUCUUGACCGGAGGGUUGUGGGUUCAAUCCCAGGUGGGAGACACUGCUGCUGUACCCUUGAGCAAGGUACUUUACCUAGAUUGCUCCAGUAAAAACCCAACUGUAUAAAUAGGUAAUUGUAUGAAAAAAAAUAAAGUGAGAUCUGUAUAAUGUGAUAUCUUGUAACAAUUGUAAGUUCACCUGGAUAUGGGUGUAUGCUAAGAAAUAAAUAAUAAUGGUACAAAUUAGUUGAAAUGAUGGUUGAAAAUAAGUUGUACCUUUCU